CGCGCCGCCCCUGCCCCGCUUCUGCCCGCAGACAGCAGCGAGGAGGCGCCGGGGGAGAGCAGCGUGGACGCCGGGGCUGCGGGGCCGGCGGAGGCCCCGGGCGGACGGCCCCCCGACGAGGCGAGCGGGACCCCGGCACAAGCCCUGCUGCUGGGGGGCUUCGGGAGGAGCAGGGCGCCCAAGGUUCGGCCUUUCCUGCCAGCGUGGCUGGCUGAGCCAAGCUGUGUUGCAAAGAAUGUCACUGAAGACCUGGUGCCCAUCGAGGACAUCCCCGAAGUCCACCCUGACCUGCAGAAGAGGCUGCGGGCACAUGGCAUCUCGUCCUACUUUCCAGUCCAGGCUGCGGUGAUCCCCGCUGUCCUGGAGAGCGCGGCCAACGGGUUUCUGGUGGGCAGAGGUGGCUACCGGCCCAGUGACCUCUGUGUUUCUGCCCCAACGGGCAGUGGGAAGACACUGGCUUUUGUCAUUCCCGUGGUGCAGGCCCUGAUGCCGCGAGUCGUGUGCCAGGUCCGUGCCCUGGCUGUGUUGCCCACCAAGGAGCUGGCCCAGCAGGUGAGCAAAGUGUUCAACAUCUACACAGAUGCCACUCCUCUGCGCGUCGCCCUAGUCACCGGGCAGAAGUCGCUGGCCAAGGAGCAGGAAAGCCUCGUCCAGAAGACAGCCAACGGCUUCCGCUGCCUGGCUGACAUCGUGGUGGCCACCCCAGGCCGCCUGGUGGACCACAUCGACCAGACGCCGGGGUUCAGCCUCCAACAGCUCCGCUUCUUGGUGAUCGAUGAGGCCGAUCGGAUGAUGGACAGCAUGUACCAGUCCUGGCUGCCACGGGUGGUGGCGGCCGCCUUCCCGAAUGACGGUGCUAAGGGUCCCCCUGCUUUGCUGCAGAGGCGGCAGCUCGAGGCCGUGACCGCUGCCAGCACCUGCUGUCCCCAGAUGCCACUGCAAAAGCUGCUCUUCUCGGCCACCCUGACCCAGAACCCUGAAAAGCUGCAACAGCUCGGCCUCUACCAGCCCCGGCUCUUCUCCACGGGGCUGGCUCGCGGGGGCACCAGAGACACCGGCGAGGACGUGGACUUGGGUGGAAAGUACACCUUCCCCGUGGGGCUCAUGCACCACUACGUGCCCUGCAGCCUGCGUGCCAAGCCCCUGGUCAUCCUGCACCUCAUCCUAGACAUGAACUUCACGAGGGUUCUCUGCUUCACCAACUCCCGUGAGAACUCCCACAGGCUCUUCCUGCUCGUCCAGGCCUUUGGGGGUGUGACGGUGGCGGAAUUCUCCUCCCGCUUGGGGCCCGGCCAGAGGAGGACGGUCUUGAAGCAGUUUGAGCAAGGGAAGAUUCAGCUUCUCAUCAGCACAGACGCCACGGCCCGCGGCAUCGACGUGCAGGGCGUGCAGCUGGUGGUCAACUACGACGCCCCCCAGUACCUGCGGACCUAUGUGCACCGGGUUGGAAGAACCGCCCGCGCUGGGAACACCGGGCAGGCCUUCACGCUGCUUCUCAAAGUGCAGGAGAGGAGGUUCCUGCAGAUGCUGGCAGAAGCUGGGGCGCCCGAGCUGGAGCGCCAUGACGUCCCCAGCAAGCUCCUGCAGCCGCUGGUCCCGCAGUAUGAGGCGGCCCUGGCCCAGCUGGAGAGGGCCGUCAAGGAAGAACGAAGGCAGAAGGCAGCCUAGGCAGGGGCUCAAAGGGCAGACGGGGCCCAGCGGCCUUGCCAUGCAGCAAGGUGUGUGCCCCUGCUGGGGUUGGCGCUGUUUUAGAAGAAUUCUGAGUACCAGCUGCUGGAUGUGUGAGCAAGACAGGGAUUCCUCAGGUUUCAAGAAGGGACCUUUGUCCCCUAGCACACGUCCUCAGGCCAGGCCCCUGGACACAAGGACCUUUCGUCGCUGCACCAGCCCUGGCCUGAGACCAUCAAGGGCAUACAAGGUCGGGCACUUGGAAAUAGGGCUUUAGUAAAAUGGUCGGUGCUACCGCAGAACUGACAGGAUGGCAUCUGUCCUGUUUGGCUGGCAGUGGGGCUGGCCCGAGUCGCUCCCUGUGGGCUGGGAAAUGGCACUGUAGGAGCCCUUCCCGCCGUGUCCUAGCAGACCCGGAAACACAGCUGUGGGGGCACCGCCAGGGUACACAGUACACUCCAGCAUGAGAUGCUGUUUGUCACGAACGUAAUUGAAAUGUUUGUAAGAAGGCUCUUUCCCGAAAUUUAUAUGCUGAUGUUAAGACAAACUUAAGAAAAUAGGAAUUGGUUUUUUAUCCUGCCUGAAAGUACGUUAUUCACGUCAGCAAAACCCACCUGAACACAAGUCUUGGGUUCCAUGGGAUGCUGUCGCCCCAGUGGACACAGGGCAGGUACACGUCAGGAGGGCAGUGAGGCAUCUGGGAACCAGGAAACGUUGCAGUUGUGGCUCGUGAGUCCUGAGGGGCAGGGAUGGGAGGGGCUGGACCUCUGCCUUCUAAGAGGCUCCUGUUUGCCCCCUGGCCUCCAGGCCUUCAGUCCGGCGGUGGGACUGUCCUAGGUGUGACAGGGCGGGCCCGGUGCGUUCUCACUGUGACACUGGGGUGCGUUGUACUUCCUGUUGUCACGCCGCCUCCCUCAGCUGGGCGCGGUGGAGCCUUGAACCUGAUGCUGGAGGCCUUGCCAGCAGCCAGAGCCUGUCCAGGACCUACCAUCUGUGGGGAGGCGGUGGUCACUUUCCACUGAGCCGCCACGAUGGUGUUAGAAUGCACCUGACCCUCUGCGUUUGACGGGUGCUAAGGACUUGACGCUAUGCUCUCACAGUGGCUGAGGACAGCUGAGCCCUCCAGGCGCUGAACCAGCCUCCGCAAGUGAGCAGAGUGCGGCUGGUGCCGAACCAAAGCCCCCUCUGAACCAGGAAGCAACACUUGGCGUUGGCACAGACCUGGGUCUGGCUCUUGGCCGGGGAAUGCGCAGGUGACGAGUGGGCUUGCAGACGGCAGUGCCCAGAGCCCGCACGCUGUCUCCCCAUGAACACCAGCCGUUUAAAGUCCGGGAGGUGUGCUCAGGGCACACAGGAGGUGGGCCGGCAUAUGCCCGGGAGGAGGGCCAUUCGAGUCCUGCUGCCACCCCAGCUCGGUGGGAUGGACGGACGUGCUGCUGCUGGGGGUUCAGCCAAGGACACUGGCCAACAAGCCAGGAGCAGCGCAGUCACUAGGAAACGCACAUCAAAACCACAGGGAGGGAGAGCCACCUACCUGGGGGCCGUGGGAACACAUGGGGACAUGGAGUUGCUGUGGCCGGGAGAAGGUACGUCCGGCCGUGUGCAUGUGUGUUGAGAGCAGUCGCCAAGGAGUAGAAGCAGGCGGUCACGUCAGCCACGAUAGACGAGAUGUGGGAGUGCACAGGGUAAGCGGGAAAGGCACAGGGCGACCACAUGGAUGAACCGGGGACCGUGCCAGCCGGCAGAAGCCAGGCGCACGGCCACGUCCUGGGGGGUCAGGCACCUGGAGGGCAGGUGGGUGCUGGCUGGGAGGGGGAGCAGGCCAGCAGCUGCUGAUGGCCACAGAGCUUCCUUUUGGGAUGAGAAAGUUCUAAAAUGGGUGAGUGACCUGCCCUGUGUGUGACGAGGCUCAGUCAAGCACGGAGAGCGCACAUGCAGUCACCUGGGUGACAGGCUGGCUGACGAAACAGGUUGCUGCCCUCAGCUCGCCUUUUUCUGUGCAUUCGAGGGAGGGGGAAAGGGAUUGGGCCGCUGACUGAAUAUAGCAGCCGAGCCUUCGGACUUUUGUAAUAAAUGCCAAGCAGAACACA